AUGUGGGUUGCCUCUCUGAGCCGAUGGUCGAGCGAGGCACAGCCGGCCUACACGCCGGGCUUCGAGGUCGCCGGAAUCGUCAUCGAGACGCUUCCCAUCGUCGUCUCGGCCGUCGAGGCCUACGUCAGCUUCAUGCCGGACUGGGGCAAGACAGCCUCGGAACUGAAGAGCAUCAACCAGCAGCUGACGAUGGAGAGAUCGAAGCUGUACAAUGUCUGCGAGCAGCUCCUGGGAGACGUCGUGCCGCAGGCAGAUGUCGAGCCGAUGCUGCAGGACCCGUUCGGGCCCCUGUGGCAGGCCAAGGAGCCAAACGACAGAAUCCGCCGACGGCUGUACGACUCGUACGACCCGUUCGAGCAGACGGUGCUAGCGGUCAGAGAAGCGCUCGAAACUGUGAUUCAGAGGCUCAGCGUGCAAAUUACACGGGACGGAAAGGUCGAAUGGGUCGACAGGCAGUGGAUGCCACGGGAAUUCAAAAAGUUUCUCGACCUCGAGGGCUUGACGCGCCAGAGCGUGACUCUCGAGCCCGUCCGUCGAAGGCGGUCGCGCGUCAAGGUAGUCAAGAUCCUGCGGGACCUGUCUUCGAGCAUCUACUGCGCUCUGCGAUCCAGCAUUGUGUGUACGGACCCGCACGACGAAAAGGGCCAUAUUCGCCUCUUUGUCAAGUCCGAGACAAUUCUCUUAUUCAGGAGCCCAGGGAAGCUGCCUACUACCGACAUCACCUUUACCAAGAUACCCCCGCCGACUCUUGGACUCUGCGCUGCCUUGAAAGAGGCCCGCGAGGCGCGGCCGGUGCGCUACGGCUGUCUCGCCGACCGGGAACGAACCGAGCACCACUUCGAGGUGUACCCGCUGGGGGCGACCGCCGACAGCGACCGCUGGUCGAUCGUCACGCUGCAAGACGUGCUGGAGCGCAGGCCCGAGACGGGUCUGCAGUCGCUGGUGUGGCUCGAGGAGAAGGUCAGGCUGGCACUCGCGGUUGCUUCCGCCGUCCUGCAGCUGAGCAAGACGCCGUGGCUGCCCGGGACGCUGACGAGCAAGAGCGUGCACUUCUUCAACCGCGGCAGCCCCGUCUCGUACCAGCACCCAUUUCUAUCCAGGAGCUUCCCACAUGUUCCGACGCAGCCGCGGACAAACACGACGCUCUUCGCGCUCGAAAUACUGCUGCUCGAAAUAAUACUCGGCGCGGCCCUCGACCAGCUGCGCGAGCCGCAGGAUGACCUGGCUGGGCUGCUGGAACAACGGGUAGCGCUGAUCAGUCCACCCUACAAGACUGUUGUCGAGCGUUGCAUCGGGUGCAGUACGACGCAGGAUCUGAGCGAGGAGCAGUUUAGACAGAAGGUGUACGAGGGGGUUGUCAUAAAGGAGCUGGCGGCCAUCCUUGAACACGCGAAACUGUAG